GCCUGAGCCCGGAACUGAACGUUGCUGCUGGGUGUUCCGGCCGAGUGUUUGAGGCGGCGGACCGGAAGGCGGUGUGGAGCCGGGACCCGGUGUGUGGUGAUACAGGCUCCGGGUUUAACGCAGUCCUGACCGGCUCUCGGCUCCAAGCCCCGGGCGUCGCCGACCCGCCAUCCCACCUCAGCCCCCACAGACAGAGCCUCCGGCCUGCAGCAGAGACGGAGCCAGGACAGAGCCUGAGGCCCAGCCUCCCGGUGAGGACGGUUAUUCUGAGUGAGGGGCCUUGUAAACGUUUCUGAUUAAACCAUGAGUUUCAUCGCUUACCUGAAGACUCAGUUCAUAGUUCACCUUUUACUUGGAUUCGUGUUCGUUGUCAGUGGCUUCUGCAUCAACUUUAUCCAACUUUGCACUCUCCCCAUUUGGCCCAUCAACAAGCAACUGUAUCGACAUCUCAACUGUCGGCUUGCGUACUCACUGUGGAGCCAGCUGGUCUUGCUGCUGGAAUGGUGGUCUGGCACGGAAUGUACACUUUUCACUGACCAGGCCACGGUGGACCAAUUUGGCAAGGAGCAUGUUAUUGUCAUCUUAAAUCACAAUUUUGAGAUUGACUUCCUCUGCGGUUGGGCCAUGUGUGAAAGACACGGCGUUCUGGGGAGCUCCAAAGUGUUGGCGAAGAAGGAAUUGCUUUAUGUACCUCUGAUCGGAUGGACGUGGUAUUUCCUGGAGAUUGUUUUCUGUAAACGUCGUUGGGAUGAGGACAGAGACACGGUUGUAAAUGGACUGAAGGCAUUGCAGGACUACCCAGAGUACAUGUGGUUUCUGUUAUACUGUGAAGGCACACGUUUUACAGAGAAGAAACAUCGUAUUAGUAUGGAGGUUGCUGAAUCUAAGGGUCUACCGAAGCUGAAAUAUCACCUGUUACCAAGGACCAAAGGUUUUACCACCACUGUUAAAUACCUCAGGGGAACGGUUACUGCUGUGUAUGAUGUGACGUUAAACUUCCGAGAUAACAAGAACCCAACACUCUUGGGCAUACUGCACGGCAAGCAGUACCAUGCAGAUAUGUGUGUCAGGAGGUUCCCUCUAGAAGAUAUUCCAGAAGAUGAGAAGGAAUGCGCAGCUUGGCUCCAUAGACUGUACCAGGAAAAGGAUGCACUUCAGGAGCAGUAUGUGAAGGAUGGUACCUUCCCUGGGGAGGCCAUCCAGCCGAGACGUCGACCCUGGGCCUUCCUGAACUGGCUGUUCUGGGUGAUCGUGCUCCUGACUCCACUCUUUAACUUUGUGUUUGGAGUAUUUGUCAGCGGUUCCCCUAUUGUCAUCUGUUCGUUUCUGCUGUUCGUCGGAGCAGCAUCCUUCUCUGUACGAAGGCUUAUUGGAGUGACGGAGAUUGGAAAAGGCUCUAGUUAUGGAAAUCAGGAGUUUAAGAAGAGGAUGUAGAAAUAUUAAUGGAAAGACUUCCAAGCUGCUUAUUGAAAAUAACUGAAUUUUUUAGGAAUGUUUUGCUCUCAACUGACAGCAACUAACAGUGGCCAGGAGUCAGGAAUCAGCUGCUCCAUGAUCAGCUCCUGAAUGGACAGCUGCACUAACCCCCUGGUCCACAUUACUGACACCCACCCUGUCUCAUGGACUAUACUCAGACACAACUGUCCACUCUCAACAUCCGCUGGCUUCACUCUCAUCCCAGGUCAACUUGCUCUUUACCUCGCCUUUCACUCUUUCUUUCCCACUUGCUUGCUGUCUCUAUCUCAAACAUGCUGUAUACCUCUCCCAGCCUCGCCAUCUCAUGCUCACUGUCUCCAUGUCACACUCACAUCUUUCCAAUUGUUUUCAUCCCCCACUGCCUCCACUUUAAGAUUUUGAGAUAUAUCAAAAGGUUGUGUUUUUCAGGAGAGACUGAGACUACAACCGUCUGCUCUCAUUACCUUUGAUGAUGUAUGCUGACUGAUCAUGUUCCAUGCCCCACUUGAUCCUACCAUGCUGUCGUAGGUCACUACACUGACACUUCACUAAUGGGUCAGUAACCAAGGACACUGAGUGUAGUCUGUUGCUGUUGACUGACAUGACUGAAUUUCUACUUCAGGGUGGGUUUCUCUCAUCUACAAUACACAAUAGUAACUUUAUGUCUCUCUGAGCGAUACAACAAUCUCUGUCUCCACACUCAAUCCGCCCUCCUCCCAUACAUAUUCGUCCAUCUCUGGGCUAAUGUUUCUUCCUCCAGCUUUUGAACAUCUUUUUUCAUGCCCCUUAUUUCUCUCUUCCCCUUGCCACUUUCACUGCCAUCGAAACCAAGACUCCACUCUCCAUCCUUUUGCAGAGAAUCCAGUUCCCACUUUAAUUUUGUCAAAUCAAUAACUGAGUGUUGGAGCAUGAAGUGGAGAGAUUGUGAAGGUAAUGUGAGUCACGGGUGAAUAUGGAUCUCUGACACACAUCAUCCAGUAUCUCUCUGUCUCCAUGUCCUUAAACUGACUGCACCCAGGAUCAGACCCCAAAGAUUUCUGAAGGAGCUGCAAUUGAUUCAUUGCAUCUGAAUGGGGCAGAGUGCUCUGAGUAUCCUCCUUUCCUAGUCUUGAGAGGUCUGUGUUAAGCUGAGAGACCGAACCAUCUUCCCCCCCACCAAAAACAAUUGGGUCCCAAUAUAGAACAGAGUCAGACCCUUUGAUUUGUUCAGACUGAAUGUUAUUCACUGAAUGGAUUGAUGGAGGUUGAAGGAAAGUUCUACCCCUUAAUAAACAUUCCAAGUUAUCCAGUUUUGUUUGAGUCCUGGCAGCAAUGUUACCUUUCUCCUGACAUCCUGAUCCCAGUGGACCAGAUCUUUAGUCUCUCCCCUGGGACCUUCCUGCUGUUCACCAGAACUGGGAUCAAGAGAAAUGUUGUAGAUCAGCAGAUGAUCCAAGUCAACAUUUAGGAAAGCACCUUCUGCAUUAACAGUGAGAAAGCAAAGCUUUCACGGUGGGGUCCAUUGGGUACCAGGAGCCUGGGCAUUGACUAGCAGGCUGCCAGGUAUUCAGUGGAAUUGAGUGAGCUGGGAACUAAUUGCAGUUUUGCAUGUAUCUUUUUGCAUGUAUUUUUAAUCCUUGACCAACUCCAUUCUGGGGCUCUUUGUGCACCCUCUUGUUUUAAUCUCUCACUAAUACCUCCUUUACACUCUGAAUAUUCAAUGUUAGAAACUUCUGACUGUGCUGAGUUUGGAUCAGUCGAGUUCCAUUUGUUAAUCUCCUUAAAGGAUUGAACAGUUCCAUCCUUUAAGGUAACUCUGUCUCAUAACAGAGAAGCUGCCCCUUUCUGGCUGCAUUCUGUACACAUCUCUGUUUCUGUGGCGUCUGCUUUUACUUACUCUGGGUGGUCUCUAUUUUCAGAUACUAACCCAUACAGAUUUCAAGCUCAGAGUUUAAGGGGAUGAGCUGGAAAACAGUUGAUCUAUAAUAAAAUGAGAGUCUCCUAUGA